CUUUUCUUGUGAAGGUGUGGAGCAUGCAUUCGUUGUCAUUAAUACAAGGAUUCCCAGAAGAGCUUCAUGAUAAACUAUGAUUUUCAAGGAGGGGCGUUAUACAUUCUGUAACAUUUUUCAGAGUGGACGAAUCACUUCGCACUCUUCGGCAAAGUUGUUCGCUGGGACACGAACUGAAAACUCGUGUAAAAAAAUCCAAAAUCGUUAAAAGACUCAUACAAAUGCGACAAGGUAGCACAAUCACAACGAACUUCUUUAAAGUGUAUACCGUUGUUAAAUUGACAACGGAUCGAACACGCUUCCAAUCCGUGUUCGAUAACGGUGUCCUAUACGGUGAUUCAACCAAAUACACCGAUGCACUCCAAAAAUAAAACAUCGCUCCUUCGCUACGUUACUUGCCUGUAGUUAUGAAUGAACCUAGCGUCCUGUAAGUACCCACGGGUAUCACUGACACCGGACAACGUUCUUAUCAAAUGUUUACCGUCCAGAACGCGCACACGGAUCGAUCGAACUUGCCAACAAGUCAAGAAGAAAGGGCGUUUCGGUCUAGUUUCCCUCGCAGCGCACAAACAGCUGAUCAAAUCACGCCCCGAGGGAACUGUGUUUACACCCUCGGGGUUCUGUACUGCGAGAAUGUCACCACAAACGCGUUUGCUGGAAUUUACUGAUAACCGAUGCCGCGUUGUUUAUUGCGUAACGGACACUCUCAUCGAGGAAUGUCGUUGCGCUACCGCCUUUGCAUUGGGCAUAUGAUUUUCGGCAAAUCAUUACAUAAAAAUGGCAAUGUCACGGCUAGGGCCAACCUGCACGAGUAGAACCAGUCUUUGUAGCUUCAAAAUCCCAAAAUUGUAUAGGUAUAAAAGUUGUGGGUGAACCAUCCAAAUCAGUACACAACAUCAGCGCACUUCAGCUAGUAAGCAUCCAAAGCCCAACCACCAAAAAUCAACAAUCAUGAAGUUCUCCACCACCGCCACGUUCUUCGCCGUCGCCCUCUGCGUGGCCAGCUUUGCCGAAGCAAAGCCAACGUUCAUCACCAAGAAGAUCCUCAAGAAGUACGUCGUGCCCCGUGUCCUGUCCGGCGAGUGGAAGCUCCCCAGCCUGUACAUCCCAUACCCACUGUCCCUGUGGCUAGCGGGUGCCGAGACGGCCAGCCCACCGGUCUACCAGUCCCUCCCAGAGGACGAAGUCCUCAUCGACAACUCCGCGCCAGUUGAAAUCCCAAACAGCAAGGAGUUCAACGCCGUUCAACCCGUUCCCCAGCAGCAGCAGCAGCUGCCCAUCGAGAUGAACGUUCGCGGACCAGUCUACAUUGCCGAAACGCCCGCCGUCCGGCAUAUCGCUCCGCUGCCCCAGGGAUACACCGAAGAUGUGCACAUCCAGAACGUGCAACCAGCGCCGGGAACGGUAGCGUAAGGUGUUAUGAACAGUUUGUGUUUAAAUCGAGA